GUUUCUCGCCUGCGAAACAUCGGUAUCAUUGCACACAUCGAUGCCGGUAAGACGACAACGACUGAGCGUAUGCUCUACUAUUCUGGGUACACGCGGCGGAUUGGAGAUGUUGACGAGGGAAACACGGUCAUGGACUACCUCCCCGCUGAACGCCAACGUGGAAUUACGAUUACAUCCGCAGCAAUUACCUUUCCUUGGCGAAACUACCGACUUAACUUGAUCGAUACACCUGGACAUGCUGAUUUUACCUUCGAGGUUGCAAGAUCACUCCGUGUCCUUGAUGGUGCAGUCACCAUCCUCGACGCCGUAGCAGGUGUUGAAGCACAGACCGAGAAAGUCUGGCGACAAGCAUCUGCACAUCAGAUCCCUCGUAUCGUUUUCGUCAAUAAGAUGGACCGAACAGGCGCUGGAUUCGGGCGUACUGUCCGUGAAGUGGCGACGAAGUUGGCAAGAGGUGGAGCUAAAGUUGGAUGUCUUCAGAUCCCAGUCUUCGAGAACGGUGUUGAAGGUGGAGCAUUCAUCGGUGUCGUGGAUGUCAUGGACGGUAUUGUUCUCACAUGGCCCAGUGACGGAAAGUCUGAUGGGAGGGACGUCAAGGCAGUUCCUGUUGCUUCCUACCCCUCUCCAGCACUCCAAGAGGAAACAGCAAAAGCCCGUGGAGCUCUUGUCGACACACUUGCGGAACUCGAUGAAGAGGUCAUGGAACUUUACCUCGAACACGAAAAUGCCAUUCCAACUGCCGCGCUCAAGAAAGCUAUUCGAAGAUGCACGCUUGGCAACACACUCAUCCCUAUCCUCACCGGCGCUUCAUUCCGAAACAUCGGUGUACAGCCUCUUCUUGACGCCGUACUCGACUACCUCCCCUGCCCUGCUGACCGUCCACCAGCAGCCAUUACGCUGCAGGGAAAACCCGGCGAACUCGACGACAAGAAGAAUGAUCUGUGUGCACUUGCAUUCAAAGUCGUCCACGAUCCCAGAAAAGGAGCAAUGGUGUUCGUUCGUGUUUACAGCGGAAAACUCGCGAUGGGUACCCCAAUCACAAACACCGUCACAGUUGGAGAAGUUCCUAUGAAGGAGCGCGCUAAUAAGUUGUUGAGGAUGUAUGCUAUGGAUUCUGAAGAAGUUACGGAAAUCACUGCAGGAAAUAUCGGUGUUAUCUUGGGUUUGAAGCAUGCGAAGACUGGAACUACGAUCAUCUCCUCUCGUGAUUCGCGCACAACCCUUCAACUUCACCCUAUUCCUACUCCACCACCAGUUUUCAUCCGUUCCCUCGAACCAACGACGUUGUCUGACGCCAAGGGUUUAGACCUAGCAUUGGAAAUGGCACUCCGUGAGGACCCAUCUCUUCAUGUCACUCGUGAUGAUGAGACUGGGCAGGUCUUGCUCAGUGGCAUGGGUGAACUCCACCUCGAGGUUGUCCGAGAACGUCUCCUCGGAGAGUUCGGAGCCAAGGCCGAGAUGGGUGACCUGAGAAUUGGAUACAGAGAAACUGUCAACGGCAUGAGUGCAGAGAUGGAAAAGCAGGUCGACAAGGAGUUUGGAGCUGGCAAGAGAGGAACAGCAUCUGCCAAGGCAAUGGUAGAGCCAUAUGAAGAGGAGGAAGUAGAAGAGGUCGAAGUGAAGAAGACCAAGAAAGUAUCAAAGAAGAAGAGCAAGGGAUUUGGAGGCGCUCCGGAAGAAAUGGAACUCACCCGUACGAGAACUGUGAACGGAAACAAAAUCACCACGAUCAUCCCGGCAGGUAUUCUGCUCCCCGGCGACUUGAUCCACGGUGAAGUACAUUCUACAUUGCAAAUGGCGGCCGAGGUGGCAUUGGUCCGUGGUCCUUUGUUUUCUGCUCAGCUUCAUGCUACACACGUCACAGUCGCUGUGAAGGACCUGCUCACCACAGACCCUGCACCAACACUCACUGCUCUUUCGCAAGCAGGAAGGCUAGCCGUGGUGGAGGCGAUCAAAUCAGUGGGCACGGGCGUGGUGGAGCCAGUCAUGGCUGUUACCGUUACUGUGGGAGAGAAAGAUCUCGGUGGUGUUGUCGGUGAUAUUUCCGGUACACGCGGGGGUACCAUCCUUUCCCUUGAUGAGGAUGCCUCAUCCGAUAUCUCUUCCGUCGAUCUGGACAGGGUGUAUGCUCCACCAGACUCAACCUACAACGCGCGUUCUUCCACGGAUGAAUCUGCGCAAGUCCGAGUGGUGAAAGCAUUGGUUCCAUUGCGCGAGAUGAUUGGCUACAACAAAUCCCUACGAAGUUUGACUGGUGGAAGGGGAUCAUUCCAGAUGAGUGUUGAGAAGUUCGAGAGGGUGAAUCGCGACAAGGAACGUGAAGUGCUGAAGGAGGUC